UUUCCUCAUAGGUCGGUUUUUAAACCCGCCAUUUUAUCCCUUUCGAGACUCUCACUACCCGCUUCUAUAAAUUCUCGAAUUCAAGUCUUCACGAGAAAUUUCAUCACUAUCCCCAAAAUCCUCUCAAAUUCAAAUUUCCGUUCCGGAUCCGUUAUCGCUGAGAUUUUUCAAAUUUCGUGGAAUGCCUGUGAACUUGACCGCAAACGCGAUCCCGGCGAUUAUCGCCGGCGACGUGAACUCAAAGCCAGUGGUUCAGGUAUUGGACAUCAAGCUAAUCGGCGCCGCUGCGGAUCGGUACGGACUCCUAAUCUCAGAUUCUGAGUCAAGUCAGCAGGCUAUGCUGGCUGCUCAGCUUAAUGACCGAGUCAAAACGGGCCGCGUUCGCAAAACCUCCGUCAUUCAGUUGAUUGAGUACAUUUGUACCACUGUUAAAAAUCGCAAAAUUAUUGUUGUCAUCAACAUGGAAACUAUUAUACCAGAAUGUGAGAUAAUUGGGAAUCCUAAAGUGCUUGUAGAAUCUAAUUUUGGGGCUCAGAAAGCUAUAUCUAAUGGCAUUUCUGGGUCUGGAAUCUUUAACAAUGGUAACUUGAGUGCUCAAAGAUCUGGCCAAACAAGCUUUGCUAACAGCAACAACUUGAGCUCCCUAAACUCAGGUAAUAGCAUGCAGAACUACCCACCUGCAAUUCAACCUGCAUAUCAACCUCCUCCAAAUUACAAAAGCCAUGGGACAAUAAUGAAGAAUGAAGCACCUGCCCGCAUUAUUCCAAUUGCUGCUUUGAACCCCUAUCAGGGUCGGUGGGCUAUUAAGGCUAGAGUGACUGCAAAGGGGGAUCUACGUCGCUAUAAUAAUUCCAGAGGAGAUGGAAAGGUCUUCUCAUUUGAUCUCCUUGACUCUGAUGGGGGUGAAAUACGUGUCACUUGCUUUAAUGCGGUUGUUGAUCGCUUUUAUGACAAAAUUGAAGCUGGAAAAGUGUACAUGAUAUCAAGGGGCAACUUGAAACCUGCUCAGAAGAACUUCAACCAUCUGAAGAAUGAAUGGGAAAUAUUCUUGGAGAUAACUUCAACUGUAGAUCUCUGUCCAGAUGAAGAUACCACUAUACCAAGACAGCAGUUCUCAUUCAGACCUAUUAGUGAUAUUGAAAGUGCAGAAAGCAAUUCAAUAAUAGAUGUGAUUGGAAUUGUAAUAGCUGUCAAUCCUUCUGUUCCGAUCCUGAGAAAGAAUGGAAUGGAAACUCAAAGAAGAAUCUUGAAUCUAAAGGACCAGUCUGGGCGAAGUGUUGAGUUGACACUAUGGGGAGACUUCUGUAACAGGGAAGGUCAAAAGCUGCAAGAAAUGGCAGAAGCUGGGUUUUCCCCUGUUUUAGCUGUCAAAGCUGCAAAAGUUAGUGACUUCACUGGGAAAUCCAUUGGAACCAUUUCUUCCACUCAACUGUUCAUAGAUCCAGAUUUUGCAGAGGCUCAGACUCUAAGAGAGUGGUUUGAUCGGGGAGGAAAAGAUGUUGCUUCUCAAUCUAUAUCUAGGGAAAACAUGCCUGUAGGAUCAAAAAGUGAGAUACGUAAGACCGUGUCUCAGAUCAAGGAUGAAGGGCUUGGUAGGUCAGAUAAACCAGACUGGAUUACAGUUAAGGCAACUAUAACAUUCGUCAAAACUGACAGCUUCUGUUACACUGCUUGCCCUCUGAUGAUUGGAGAUAGACAAUGUAAUAAGAAAGUUACCAGGUCAGGAAACUCGAGAUGGCACUGUGAUAGGUGCAAUCAAGAGUUUGACGAAUGUGAUUACAGAUACCUUCUUCAAGCUCAAAUUCAAGAUCAUACUGGGUUGACAUGGGUGACAGCUUUCCAGGAAUCUGGGGAAGAGAUUUUGGGCUGUCCUGCAAAGGAGCUACACAUGAUGAAUGAAGAGGCUGAUGAUACCAGAUUUUCUGAAAUUAUUAGAAAAUGUCUCUUUACACAAUUUCUAUUCAGGCUUAAAAUCAAAGAGGAACCUUACUGUGAUGAGCAGAAGGUGAAGAUUACAGUUAUCAAGGCAGAGAAAGUGAAACAUUCUGCAGAAAGCAGAUAUCUCCUUGAUUUAAUUUCAAAAUUCCGUCCUUCUUGAACAAAGGAAGCCAGAUGAGAGACUCUUAUUGCAUCCAUUUUUAAGAAACCCAUUGGCCUCUCAGAGAGAUAUAGGCAAAAAGUCAUUAUUGUAGUCAGGUGAUUAUUUUUCUCUUCGCCAUAGGAAGGUGCAUUAUUUGCAUUCUUGCUUUGAAAUCCCACUUACUGGUCUAAUGUAGCUUUAGUAUCCAAUUGAUUUGGAAGAAAACAUAUUUUCAUUUUUUUUUUGAUUUGGUAAUCCCCCCUCCCUUUAAUCCGUUCUCUCCACGGUCCAGCCAGUCGUGUUUCUCACUUUCCCCCUCUUGUAAGUGAACACUCAGCUUGGAUGGAAUAAUCUUUCAGAUGUUCGUAUUUUUAGAUGUAUAAAAUGGAAUAAUCUUUCAGCAAUUCUUAUUUUAUAUGGAUAAAUUUUGGAUGCCGAGUUGGGAGAAGCUCAUAAGGCAUGUUAUCAUUUGCAUUGGUGGAUUUCUUAGUUUUUAGUAGAUAAAAACGAGUCAUCCACAGGUUUACUGAGUCUUGGCUAUUGCUAUGCUCAGCUCUCUGAAAAUCAUUUGAUUGGUGAAAAGGCAGAGAUAUUAGCUAGCGUAUUAGCGGGAAUUAAUUGUAUUGCUCUCCGCGGUCUGCGAGAGCAGCAAACUGCAGUUCAAUGUUUCCUUUGAUAAGGUGGAUUUCUUCAUGCGAAGAAAUAAGCUAAAGUAGAGAUAAUACAUUGAUUGGUUAUGUAAACAUUAUAUAAAUCAUCAGG